AUGGGUGUGCGCAAGCGGCAGCUUGUCAUGCACUGUCCCUCGUGUGUGCACACGCUGCGACACGCAGCACAAGUCAGUUGCAAGGUUGCCCCUAAGUCCGGCCCCUCGAAGGAUUCAAAACCGGGUCUUGUUGAACCGAUUUGGGUCGAGAAGCUGUCGAUCCGCUCCCGAUGUGUAUCGUGCCCGACAACGCGAUUAUGGGCCACACGGCCCACACCUGUCAUCGGCUCAUCGCCAUAA